GGAAAACUAAGGUUGGGUUUGUGUACUGGGAAAAAUAAAGAAAAACAUGUUUAAAGAUAAAAGUGAAGGUUCAACCCUAUAGUUGUAAUGUCAAAGCUGCAGUGAAUGCUGGGAGAUGUAGUUCCAGACUGUUUAUAUGUAGUUAGAUAAACACAAGGUUUAUUAAAGUGAGAUAUCCUUUCUUAACCUACAAUACCAAGUCUUUCUGCUGUGUUUGUCUUUCCAGACCGCCUUCAGGAUUAUGGUGGAAAAGAGGAGGAUUUCUCUGACCAGCAGCUCUAUGAGCAGGAAAAGAAUUCCAGUUUGGACGCAGAGGAACCAGAACCUCUGCAGAUAAAAGAAGAGCAAAUAGAGCCAAAACAUCCGUGGACAAAAGAGGAAACCAUGGAGGUCCUCAUUAGUGAGCAGGAAGAGCAGCUUGUUCUGCAGCAGGAGACUCGAGAUACAGCAGAGAAGCCUUCCCCAUGUUUGACAUGUGGAGAAAACUGUUUAAAAAAAGAAUAUUUUAUAGUUCACACUCACGCAGGUCAGAAGAUUUAUGAAUGUCUACCUUGUGGAAAAAUGUUCACAAGGAAAUCUAAUCUUGAUAGUCACAUCAGAAUUCACACUGGUGAGAAACCUUGUUCCUGCACGAUUUGUGGCAAAGGUUUUACUCAAAAACAUCAUUUGACUAACCACAUCAGAACACACACAGGUGAGAAGCCUUUUAAAUGUCUGUCCUGUGGAAAAAGCUUCACUCAGAAAUCUCAUUUUGAUAGUCACAUCAGAAUUCACACAGGUGAGAAGCCAUGUUCCUGCACGAUUUGUGGCAAAAGUUUUACUCAAAAACAACAUUUGACUACUCACAUCAGAACACACACAGGUGAGAAGCCUUUUGAAUGUCUGCUCUGUGGAAAAAGCUUCAGUAAGAAAUCAAUUUUUAAUGGACACAUGAGAAUUCACACAGGUGAGAAGCCUUUUUCCUGCAUGAUUUGUGGCAUAAAUUUUACUCUAAAAAAAAAUUGGACUAUUCACAUUAGAACUCACACAGGUGAGAAGCCAUAUUCCUGUACCAUUUGUAACGAGAAGUUUACUGAAAACAGUGGUUUGACUAGACACAUGAGAAUUCACACUGGUGAGAGGCCUUUUUCCUGCACGAUUUGUGGCAAAAGUUUUACUCUAAAAAGUAAUUUGACUAAACACAUGAGAAUUCACACAGGUGAGAAG